UAAUCAACUUCAUUUGCCCCAUCGGCUCUUGGAUUCAAAUCUAGCAGAAAUGAUCUGCCUGGUCCAAAUCAACAAGUUUUCAAAUCGUCAAGUGGAUCAUGUUGAUGGCACAUGUAGCACUGUAUAUCCGUUAGUACACACAAACGGGUUCUUCAGCGAGGUUUCAUGAUGUCCGAGGUAUUUUAAGCAUUCGCAGGUGCUUUCCUUCUACUUAUUUUGAUUGGAACAUCAAAUUCCUAGACUCAUAGUUAUUCAAGUGCUUUCUAUACUUAAUUCAGUCAUGUCACUUCGUCCAGCGAUUUCGUCCAUGUCCUUGGGUCGAGCAGCCGUCCACGACCUACCAGGGAAGCUCGACCAGGCACAACAAUAUGGAAUCACAGGCAUCGAGAUAUUUUACGAAGACCUGGAAGCGGUUGCACAGUCAAUACCCCGAAAUUCACGACAAGAGACACACCUCUUUGCAGCUCAUAAGAUUCGUUCGUGGUGUGAUGAACGAAAUCUAAAGAUCAUCUGUCUCCAACCAUUCAUGCACUACGAAGGACUGAAAGAUCGAUCGGAACAUGCCAGGAGGAUAUCGAAAAUCAAACUUUGGUUUAAAGUCGUUCAAAUAUUGCGAACGGAGAUGAUCCUGAUACCUUCAAGCUUCUUGAGUGUCGAAGAGAUCACUGGCGAGAAGGAUGUCAUUGUCGAAGAUAUGAGAGAAAUUGCAGACCUUGGAGCAAAAGAGACACCAAUCAUACGCUUCGCUUAUGAAAGUUUGGGAUGGGGGACAUUCAUCAAUACCUGGGAUCAGUGUUGGGACAUUGUCGUCAGUGUUGACCGGCCAAAUUUCGGAAUCUGUCUCGACACAUUCAACAUUGCGGCAAAAGUAUAUGCGAACCCUGCGGCACCAUCAGGAAGGACAUCGAACGCGGAUCAAGCAAUCAAAGACUCCAUUCGUCGGUUGAUCGAAACCGUACAGAAAGAGAAAGUGUUUUUUAUCCAAGUCGUCGAUGCCGAGAGGUUGGAGGAACCUCUCAUCGAAGGACAUCCAUUGUAUCAUCCAAGUCAACCGGCAUGUCUGAGCUGGUCAAGAAAUUGUCGAUUGUUCUACGGAGAGGAAAGAUUUGGCGGAUAUCUUCCCAUCAAGCUCAUCUCUCUUGCAAUAAUUCAUGAGCUCAGAUAUGAGGGAUGGGUUAGUAUGGAACUUUUCAACCGAAUCAUGGCGGAUCCUUCUCAACAUAUUCCUGAGCAUCUUGCUUCGAGAGCCGCGGAAUCAUGGAGAAGGUUUGUGGAAGAUAUGGACUUGAGGGGGAAUCAAGGAGUUGAUGUUAACUCAUUUAGACCUGUACUUUAGAUACGCGAACAGCAUAUGGACCGGAGCAUUGAUUAGCGUUCUAUGAUCUCAGGGGUUCAUGUUGACUGUCAAACACCGACAAAUAGAAACCAUUCAUAUCUUCUUUAAA